AUGCUUUGGAUCAAGAUCAAGCUGAAGUUCUUAACUGAAUAUGUGAUGUCGUUGCAAGGUUCUGUUGCCACAAUACUCGGAGGAUGCAACCAAAUCUCCGGUUAUACCGUCUUUGAGGUUAGCACCCCGGAGCUCGACUGCCUCCACUGCCGAUGUAUCACAGCAUUUCACUGGCAAACAGAGGCAUCGCCAGACACUGAUCUCUCUCGGUGCCGAUUCGGCAGGCCCUUUAAGCGGACGCAUCACAGCCUCCUUGCUUAUACGGCACUUAACGGUGCCAUGAUGUCUUCAGCUCAUAGCGAUCACUACAUGCCCUCGCCGCAUAGCGACCGGGCUCCCGUAACGCAAACUACUCCAGCACAGCAGAUCGAUCAAACACACCUUGACAACAACGACAAGUUAUUCUUUCAGCCACCCAUAACGGAUCGAUGGCCUCGCCAGCCCGGAGACUUUCGCGAUGUGCCAAAGAGGCUGUCCUGUGACUUUUGUCGCAGACGCAAGGUCAAGUGCGACAAACGAGAUCCAUGCGGCCAGUGCAGCAUCUCAUUCCAAGAUUGCAUCUAUUCGGAGCGGUCAAAACGUGCCAGCAAGAAGACAAAACCUGCAACUCGAUCAAAUGCAGCGAGAAAACUGAAAGCAAUGGGAGGGGAUGAGUCCCGUCCUUCGUCUGCAGUCAUUACGGCAGAAACAGCAACAGUAUCAGCUCUCAGUCCACCACGUAUCGAAUCUUCUCUAGGAUACCUGCCAUCCUCGCCUAGUAACCUUGCCACCAGAAAGACAGAUUCUGAAGAGAUUGGGAAAUGUGCAACCGCGCACCACUUCAUCGAGCAGGGCGAAAUUGAAUUCCACGGUACUUCUGCCGAGAGAACGUUCAUGGAAGAGCUGAUGGAGAAAAUCGGCGACAGCUCCGUGACUCAUCCAAGACUCCCUAUCCAUGCCUCUGUCCCAGGCCUCUUCCACAGCGAUGCACGAAACUCUGUUGACGUUCCUCUACCACCAAGAGAUCAGGCUAUGAGACUCGUCGAGGCUGCUCUUGAUGCACAGGUUCUGCUGCACAUCAUCCACCGGCCAAGUUUCGACUUUUCUUUCCACAUGAUAUAUUCACUCGAGCCAUCCGAAUAUAGCUUGAGAGAGCGGAGGUUUCUGCCCCUUCUCUACGCUGUCAUUGCUUUUGGGAGCCUGUUCAUCGACCCAUAUGGACACCGCCUGGGAUACGACGAGCUUAUCACGAGAGCGUCACGGUACUUUAUCAAAAGCAAACAGCUACAAGACAUUGCGACCUGUAACGACCUCGUUUCUCUCCAGGCUAUUGUCUUCAAGAACCUCUUUCUUCUGUACACGACCCGGGCUCCGAUAUGUUAUACCUAUCUGUGCACGUCCAUGUCGGUUGCCCUGCGCAUGGGGCUGCACAAGUCAUUCCACAACACGCAAGACAUCUUGUCACGAGAAAUCAGCAAGAGAGUGUUUAUGGCUUUGAAGCUCCUGUCCUUGGAAAUAUCCGCAUGCGUCGGGCUCCCAACUCUCCUCAAUGACGAAGAAUCCGAUCAAGAACUGCCCCUGGAGGUGAAUGAUGCUUAUAUCCAGCGGGGGCGAGCGGCCAAACAGCCAACAAAUGAGAUAUGCUAUGCAUCGGGAUCGAUCUGUUAUUUCCGACUGCAAAACAUUCUCUACCGAGUCCUGAAGGACAUUUAUCCUCGCAAAGGCCGGGCAAGCGUUGAAGCCUGUGGAUCCAUGAGCUACGUGGUCAAAGUCGAUACCAUCCGCGGUAUCGAGCAGGACCUGGAGAGAUGGGUCAAGGAGAUACCCUUGGGUUACCGGCUAGGGACGUAUUACCAGGAUCGCGCUGUUCAGCGACCAUUUCUCCACUAUGACAUCGAGACCUCGAGUCAGACAAAACGGCAGCAAAGCAGCAGACGGUCACCAUUUGCCUCUGCUUGUAUUCAAGCAUGCCAGAACAUUAUCGAUCUGUGCCAGGAUAUCUGCAGAUGGGGGUUGAUGAUCGAAGCAAGCUGGCCGACCAUACGGACCUUGACCAGCUCCUUGCUGACGCUCUACUACCUAGCCAUCAUGCAUCAGGACCCAGAAGAAGAAGACUUGAUAUACAGAGCGCUAACCACAGGGCGAAAGCUUCUUCAAGUCAUGGAAAAGCGCAGCCACCAGGCUCGACGAAACAUCAUUACGUCGAGCCUUUCUAUCAAAUUCAACCAUGUACGGGAGAAGCUGGUGAAGUAUGAGUUGGAGGCACCUACCAUUCGGCAAUGCGACCCUUCCUCUAUCAGCGAAGAAUAUACUGCGGCGUUAGGGGACAGGAUUUACACAUUGUCAUCAAAGAGGUAUCUGGAAAGCCGCACCUGCAACCCUCGCUUACAAAAUGGCUCGCCAAACGAAGGAGAUAGGCCGUCGCAACCCGACAGUGGCUAUCAGGAUCUGAAUGAAGCAAGCUCGCAGCAACAGCAGCACUUUGCAGAUAAAACUGCAAAGGGCAACGUGGAGCUUCUUCCUACACCCGCCUCAACGGCAUUUGACGCUUCACUGAAGGUGGAAGACUCGCCAGAUACUGGCUCUGUAACGGUCCCCAAUGCAUCGGAUUGUUGCAUUCCGUCUGUGUCGAGGCCAAUGCAAGGUGACUGUUUGAUGGCUGGACCGACGAUGGAGCUACCACAGGAUGGGACCAAUGGCUCCUGGAUGAAUGCCUUUGACUCGACAAUAUCGUCGGGCACGAUGCACAGUCCCCUGAGGGAUCUGUUAGGGAACAUCACUCCAAACUUGGACGAUGUCAAUGACUUGUCUGAUUUAUGGGAUUGGUUUUAG